AUGCAAGCACGGUUUUUGAAAGAGAAAUCCACGAAUGCUGUUUCAGUGGCCAUUGUUUGGGUCAACUUCUACUCGUUGGAGAAGUCGGCUUCUGUAUUUCAAAUCGUCGCAACCGCAGCGAAGCUCAUUGCUAUGGCGCUAAUUAUAAUUGGAGGCGCAUACUGUCUUAUCUUCAAAGGAAUGACGGACAAUUUCAAAAAUCCAAUGGAAAAUAGUUUUUUCAAUAUGCACAGUUUAGUGGUAGCACUUAACGCUGGCUUCUACUCCUACUUCGGCUGGGAUAUACUCAAUUACAGCAUUGGCGAAAUUCGUAAUCCGGCAAGGUAUGAUGAAGAUUACUUUUUCUUACUGUUGAAGCCCGUUCAGGGCAGCAAAUGGAGUAAAACUUUUAUCAGCUAG